AUGAUUCAAAGCGAUCUGCCUCUGGAAAGUCGAGCUCGGAGACCCUUGGACGAGAUGGGAGAUAAUUCAGUUGUGAGCCCUUCAGCGGCGGAACAACCUCAUUUCUUUAUGAAACUCCCACUCGAACUUCGACUCCAAAUAUGGGAACGCAUCUGCUCUACUUCGCGUGUGGUCGACGUGUUUUCCAGUGGAACUGGCUGCGAGGCAUUGCAUAGUCUGGACGACAAAUUUCACGAUCUAUUUGGCGGCGAUCUACGAGUAGACUUCAAUGCCUCACACUGCCGACCACCAGCUGUUCUUCAUGUUUGUCAUGAAUCUCGCAUGGUAGGGUUACAAUUCUACACGCUAGCGUUUGGGAAAGCGCCAUUCUCAGCUACACCCCCAACUUCGUCGAAUAUAAGCUUCUCUUGUCAGAUCCAUAUGCCACCUCAUAUCUAUAUCAACUGGGACUGCGAUAUAGUGUGCCCAAUGGGUAACGAGACAAGAGACAUGAAGGAUAUGGAAGUACAGAUCUUGGAGAUCAAGGCCUCCAGCGGGAACAUGCUUCGUCAUUUGGCGAUCGACCCCCUCGCGCUCAAGAUCGAUGUUGGCUCGAAUCCAAUGGACACUCCGGUCGAUUACGAGGAGGAAUCUGAGCUGUCCUGGGCACAAUUGUUAAUGGGGUGUCCAAAACUGAAGGAAUUGAUUCUGUACCAUCUGCCCAAUAGUUAUCAUAUCCAUGGCCCACCAGUCGACCUGAUUCCCAUCUGUGAAGUUGAUGGCGAACAAGAGAUAGGUGCCGGGAUUUCGGAGUUGAAAGAUGUUAGAAACACCAUCUUCGAAUUGAUCGACAGAAUGGAGAAGACGCGGAAUGCUACCGACAAGCGAGCACUUUCUAAAGUUCAGGAGGCUUGGGUACCAUUUGCCGUGAGAAUAAUGGGUGUGGUAGCUGGCGGAAGUGAGACACGGUAG